CAGCCUGUUCUCCUUGAGAUUCUCUUUCUGGGUGACAAAGAGAAUAACUUGUUCUCCUUGUCCAAGCCAAUUCCAGUUCAAUGGUUAAUAUUUAAUCUAAGAUCUGGGAAAUUAUCUUCACAUAGCCCCAGUUACCGGCUUUAAAGAAGAAAACCAGUGGCUACCACUGUUCCGUGGACAUACAAAAAAGGAGAGGGGAAACGAGAGGGGAAGACUGAAAGGGAGGUUAAGCUCCUGAGGCUCAGUGGUUUAAAGGAUAUUAAAAAUGAUAAGAAAUUAUUAAGCUGUGCUGCUCUAUGAAGUAACAAGCUUUGUUGGCAAUUUCUUUAAUAGGCCUAUUUCCUUUGAAUAAUUUGGGACAAGCUGCCAGAUCUCUCCCUACAAUAAUAAUAAUAAUAAUUCUGGGUUACCUCAAGGAAGCCUGAUCUUCAGGAAAGCUGCAGCAAUGAAGGCUUUGACCCUCAUCCUCCUGAUUUUCUUUACUGCUGGCAGGGAAGCCAAAAUAUUUGGCAGAUGCCAACUUGCUUCUGUUCUGAAAUCGAAUGGAAUGGAUGGAUACCGUGGCAUCCACUUGGACGACUGGAUUUGUCUGGUUCAUCAUGGGAGCGGAUUCGACAGCGAAUUGGUAACCUCGCGAAAGAACAGAAAGAUUCAAUUCUUUGGGAUUUUCCAGAUAGACAGCCACUGGUGGUGUGACAGGAAACAGGGAUAUUCAGCUAAUCUCUGCAAAAGGCCCUGCAGUGCCUUCCUAGAUGAUGAUCUCAGAGAUGAUAUUGCAUGUGCUAAGAAAAUUGUGUUGGGUAGGCAAAAGAUGAAUGCCUGGGACAAUUGGCAAAUAAACUGCAAAGGGAAAAAUAUCUCAGAGUGGACUUCGAACUGCAAAUUUGAUUUCUAUGAUUCUGGAUAAGGCUGUACAAGGGCUAUAGGCCUUCGAUUAGAUGCUUUUCCUAAUAUAAGAAGCCUUCCGCACACUGUUUUAGGUAGCUAUUAUCUUCAGUCUAUCUUGUUAUAUCACUUCUUUGGAACAUCUUCAAUAAAUUCAAGAAACAGUAUACAAUCAUUUUCUCUUUGAUGACUGAGAUGAAAAAAUAGAUAUGAUUAUAGAAGAGACAAACACUUGAUUCUCACUUCUGUCCCUCUAUUUGUAUUCAUAUAUGGUUCACUCCAUACUGUUUCUGUAUUUCAAUUUUUUAAAAAAAUAAAGAUUAAUCUUUAGCUUGAA